GAUUUUCAAAUGUUGUCAUUCUAUUGUCAUAAGUCAAUCAAAAUUGUUUAAGAUUUUCAUAAUAAAUUUAUGGUACUCGAAAUUAAAUUUAAGACGAAUGUUGUUGCCAAAUUGUAUAGUUCUUUUGGGCAUUUUUUGCAUAAUAUUUCAAGAUGCCAAUGCAAUGCCAAGGCUAGCAAAACGUGAGGUGAUACCAACAAAAGGUCAAGAUCUUAAGACUGGGACGGAUGGUAUGCAAAUGUUUCCGAAUAGCGUGCCUAAAAAGAAGGGGUUUCAGCUAUGGGCUCGACCCGAUGACGGUAAAAAGACUGAAGAGGAAUCAUCUGAAAGUAAACCCGAGAAAGAAUCGCGUGAUGGAGAAGGUGAGAAACCUAAAGGAGGGAAGGAUGGCGAUACUGGAGUGACUAAAGUUGGAAAGGGCAUGGAGCUAACUAUAUCGGUGCAAAGUUUUAAGGUUGAUGCUAUGGGCAAUAAGGUAUACAAUCCUUGGGGUGCCACUUUUGGUGAUAUAUGGCAGGAUACACGCUUUAAUUUCAAAGGACGACCAACCAUACCGCGUAUACAUCUCGAUUACGGUGCACCGUCCGAUUAUUAUCCAAAAAAUGAAAAUCCAAGCACCGUCUGCCAUGGCCGAUCCACUGUCUAUAAUAAACCACGUGUUGAGAAAUGGCUAACACGAAGAAUUGCCAAUUUCCGUUAUGAUCAUCGGCCAAUAUGGCGUAAUCUAAGAAAGGCGAUCUACGAUCUCGGCAAAUCGGAAGAGUGUCAUGUAAAGGAAUUAAGUGACUGGACAAGUUAUCAAUUGUGUGCUCUAAGACGCAAUCAGCGUAUGGAAUAUGCUGUACCCAAAUAUCCUCUACAUCAAUUGAAUAUGUAAAUUCUUCUAUUUAUCCAUUUUUUGUGUGUCCAAAUGAUGUGAUCAUAGCAAAAGUUGUCAACAUGCCAAUUUGUAAAUUAAAGACAGCAAACAAACUUGCCUUGUUCGACAUCACACACUCACACACACACACACACACAGGGUCUUACACUAUGCUUAAUUAAAGAGUUUAUUUUGAGGUAUUGCAAGAGAUUGAUCCUUGUAGAAACAAGAUGAUAAACAGAAAUUUAAAACUAUUGCUGACCAUUGGUUGCGUUUUGAGUACUUUAACUCAAAACACUUUGCAUGGUUUUCCAUUGGAACCUUCUGAUGAACCACUUUUGGAGACUUCUAAUGUCAUUGGGCCCAUAAAAAGAGCAGCCGAUCACUCGCAAAUAGUCACUGAACUACCAUCGUCUGAUGCUAAUAAGAAGUCGAAUACAAAUCUAGGAUCAGGAUAUGGUAUUGAACCUGGUGGUGGUGAUAUGCUUAUGUUUCAACCGAAAUUGUUUGAAUUGUCUGGUGAAGAACAGACUACAACUAUUAAGAAAGAUCUUGAAUCUGAUGCCUCAAAAACAGAAAUAUCCACCACAACUCAAGCCGAUGAGGAGUUAACCAUAUCCAUGUCACCAUUCAAGGAAGAUCUACGUCGAAAAUUGAACGAUAAUCCUUGGGCUGUUACCUUUGGCCAUAUAUGGUUGGACACGCGCUAUAAAUUAGCCCGCAAUCAGGGAGUCAAAGGCGUAACAAUGGGUAUCCGGCCUGCCCAACAGCAAUAUUAUCCAGAUGAAGAAGAAAAGUUAAGCACCGUUUGUAGAUCACGAUCAACCGUAUAUAAUAUACCCAGAGUAUUCGAUUGGCUACCGCGUCAUCAGUACAAUCAUACCCAUUUACAUAGACCCAUUUGGUUGGAAUUGCGUCGAGAGCUCUAUAAGUUUGGUAACUCGGAAGAGUGUCAUAUUGCGAAACUGGACAAAUGGCGAGAUUAUGAGGAAUGUGCAUUGAGACGUAAUCAACGUAUGGAGUACAUGAUACCGAAAUAUCCUUUACGUCAAAUUGGUUAUUAUUCUCGUUGGAGUCAAUAUUAUGCUGUUUGAAUAUUUGUGAAACUUAUGGAGUUACAUAGAUACAAAAUAGUUAAAAAUAAUAAAGCACUGUAAAACAUU